UUUUUUUAGUAUUAAUCGGGCAGAAUGACGAAUGAAACGCGGAUGAACGUUCGCGCGAAGCGAGAAUUUUGAGUUUUGAAUUCUGAUCGGAGAAGAGAUCUGUAUCAGAUUUGUAUCGUCGUGGUUCUAAUUAAUAUCGAAGCUACGUACACGACAACAUAAUAUAUACGAGUAAACGGGUCAAGCUAAAUCCAAUCCAAAAACGGCAGCCACUUCGAUAAUCCUCCCCUACGAAUUUCUCAUUUCCAUUUCCACUUCAUCGAACUACCCACGUACACCUACUUCUAUCCAAACUACGAGCUCGAGAGAGAGAGAAAGAGAACUGCCACUAAAAUCGAGCAACUGAUACAACUUCUCUUCUCGUGAAUCGUGAAAAAUCGUUCGACCAAUCGGCGUAAAGGAUCCAUCAUCGUUGGCCAGCUGAUGGACCAGUUCCCGUUCGAUGUAUCGAAAGCAGGGGAAGUCGACACUUCCGAGUGGAUUCCCUCGGGGAUCGUGAUAUUCCCUCUUACUCCUCCUCCUCCUCCUCCUCACGAUUCCCGGGGCUUUGUGUGUUUUGACGGGGGUGUUAACUGACCCCGUGAGGGCGGCGUGGAGGAGGGUUGUGCUCAAGAGCAGAAGAGGGUGGCAUUAGGUCGAGGUCACCAGGACGCCGAAGCGAUCGAUGCAGCCCGCCAGGCACCACCACCCACGCUCUCCAACCCUCUCCGCUUUCUCCCUCCGUCCAGAUAUCUCUCUCUCUCUAUUUAUCUCUCUCUCUAUCUCCUCCCGAGACCGUUAUCUCCGAUCCUCCCCUCCCUCCAGCCCUCCUCAUUAUGUCUCUAUUUACGUCUGGAUGCAUUUAAAGCAAAGACGGCGUGGAAAAAGCUCGCGAGCUUGUUCAACACGUAGAUGCUCCACAUUCGGGGCUCGGAAUCAGCUGUUUUCCCCGGGGCUUCUGGAUAUUACGUUACGCUUCCACGGUCGAGAUGAAUACGUACAGGCUGGUGGUACGUGGGAGAGUGAUUAAGAUCGAGGGAGGGAGGGGAAAAUCGCUAUCGAGAGGAGAGAAGUAUUCACGAAAUUAUCACGAAUUUUUUUUAUGAAAAAAAAACACGUAGUCGUCGCUGAAUCGCUCUUGAUUCCUUAAGAGAUCGGCAAAAUAAGAAGAGAACCCUGUUAAAAGAAGGAAAGCGUCGAUCGAGCGUAUUUCGUAAAAGUAUAUAAGAGACAGAACGAGAGAGAGAGAGGGUAAAUUACAUAAAAUCAGCGGGAAGAAGAAAGCGAAGUCGAAGCCACUCACUCACAGGCGCUCGUAAUUUCAACGAGCUCGUAAACUGUGAAUUCACGAGGGAUAGAGAAGCGCUCGCUUCUCUUCGAUAAUGUCCCCCUCAAUCCCCAACCGUGGAAAUGGAUCCGUCACGGCCGAUUACCGAUCCUGAAGCCGCGUCUCCUCAUUCGAAUUCUUGGGCGAGGAUAAUUUUCUCAUCCGAGAGGAAGGAGGGGAGGGGAGGGAAGGACAGACGAGGGUCGCGGGAAGACACGGACGCCGCGCUCCGCGCUCGCUCGCUCGCCUGUCGCGCGUUGUUUGGUUACCAAGGGGUCUCUUCUCCCCCGACACUCGCGGCGAUCCCCCUUUCCUUCCGUUCUUUGUUCUCUUCGUUAAAUGCCCCGGUCGUUUUGAGCAUCGAACCGAUCGUUUGUCCGCCGAACACUUUCAACGAUCUUAACCCCACCCAACGUUCUGCGAUGUCGGCCGCUCUCCGAGUGCUUUCUGCGUGACCGUGCCAUGCGACUCGUACCAUGCGAACAGGUUUAACGCGUUAUGACGAGGAAUCUAGAACUCCUAUAUCCAGUGAAGACGAUUCUUGCCUCUACUCGGAACUCGAUCUCUUAAAUCCAAGAUAUUAUUCGAAAAAAUCGCUGCACCAGUGUCGUGAUAUCAAAGGGACGAAGGGUAAUUCGCCGAAUCUUUUGAAAACAUCCUCGAGGGAUUCUGAUUACUGUUGUUGUUUCACACGCAGCGAUCACGUCGAGACAAAAUUACUAACCAAGAAAGUAGGUGGAAAAUAUCGUGCGUCGAGUCUUCAAUAUUUUCCAGAUUACAAUCGAAAGAAGCAUGAGGUAACUUUUGCCACGGAGAGGUCUUCAAGCGGGUGCGAGGAUCUUAGCGGGAAGUCUUCGACGAAACUUGGGAGGGAAAGAAGCACGCCGCGAAUAAUACGAGCGAUCCGCCAACGCAGCAAAAAAUCCGUGGCGGACGAGGAUCGAUCGGAAUCGCCGCGGCCCGGAAACAGCAAGAGCAGCGUUGUCGUCCUCUAUCACGAGAAAUCGGUGGUUCCGGCCGCGACAUCCCCCGAGCCACCCCUCAGAGUCGCCCACUCGGAAGUGGCGGUUCCGCGCGAGCCGAGUCCAUCGGUGAUCCACACUGCGCGCUCCCCGCGCCAGGAAAGAUUGAAUCAGGACGAAACAUCGGAGGAUCGAUCUCCCGUGUAUCCAGCGGAGCGGAGGAAAGCUACUUUGAGACGACGUCGACGUUUAUCGAAGCGGCAAAGGCCGGUGAACGUGCACAUUUAUCAGGACAGCCGCGUGGUGCAGGUCGGCUCUUUGUCGGAGAAUCAUCGUUUCGCGUCGAAGGGGGGUGUGCACCUCCAAGAUCAGAGAUCCGAUUUGGCCAGAUACACGAUCAACACUGCGAAAAAUUUGAUCAGAUCGGAGGACGAUACAUCCACUCGACAGGACGACGAUUCGGAUGAUCCCGAACGAGAUAUAAGAACGGGAGAACAGUGGAAACGCGACAGAGGCUUCUUCGGGGAACGAUGUCGUCCCUCUGAUAAUCCCGUUUCGAAACUAAUGGCUCAUUCCAGUCCAGGACGAGACGGUGAUUGCAGCCAGUGCAAGAGAGAAGCUGUGUGUCCAAACUUGGCCUAUCUAAUGCAGCAGAUACAGUCACGACCGAGGGAACGGGGUGACGAUCGCGCAUUCAUCAGUAUAAACGACGGCGAGAAUUCGAAGCGAGUUUUCCCGUUCCAGUCGACCCCGAGCGGUAACCUGAAGAUCCUCCCGAAUCAGGUGGUGUUCGAAUCGAAGAAGGUGAGCGUGCUGGUCGCCGAUCCGAAGCACACCAAGAUCAACGUGAAGGCCGAGCUAAGUAAAUCGGGGAACGAGCUUGGCGGAUGCGUGUCCGAUUGCUCGACGCAUCCGAAACCGAUCGAUCUUCCGUUAGGUGUAUCGUCGUCGAUGAUCAAUCAGUUGCAAACUCACAAAAGAUUGCCGGCUCUCGAGGACGAGUAUAAAUCCACGAUGCACCCGUUCAAAGCGAAGAUCGGCCAGAUGGAAACCGCGGAGCAGAAGCAGUCCACGUCGUCGUCGUCCCGCGAGGCAUCGGUGUUGCAGGAAGUGCCACUCUCCGCACUCGGAUUUACGGGCGAGCAACCAAUCGAUUGGAGUAACAUAAUUCUCCCGGAGAAGACUGACCUGUAUCAGGAGUUGGCAAGGCGUAUCACAAAUUACAAGAACGCCGACUGCAUCGUGCGAAUCGAUCAGGACGAGUUCCAUUGCCACUUGCUCGUGCUUCAGAGCUACAGCACCUUUUUCGACGAGAGGAAUUGCAAGGAGAUCGAUCUCACCGGGAGCGACGUGUCCUCGAGAGCGUUCUCGCUCAUCUACGAUUGGAUGAUCAGCCCACAGAUCGAAAGUUACCGCCUCCUACAAAGGGACAAUAUCCUGGAAAUCUUCACCGCCUCUCAAUACCUCGGAAUUAAAGAAUUGGAAGAACAAUGCUGGGCUUUCAUCGACAACGACGAAUUGUUCAGCGAGGACACCGCGUUUUUAUUGUACUUGGAGGCGAAGAAAGUUCGUAACACAGCUGUUAUGGAGUUGAUGGUGCCGAGAAUUAUGAAAUUCUUCUUGAUGUUGGUCAGUACCAAAGACUUCCUCGACUUGGCCGUGGACGAACUUUGCCUUUUGUUGAAGUCCAACUACAUUUCGGUCAAUAGCGAGAUGGAGGUUCUCAUGUCCGCCGUACGGUGGCUGAUGCACGACUGGGCGAACAGGAAAGAGAACAUGUUGGAGGUCUUGAAGUGCGUCCGUUUCGGAUUGAUCGCGCCGUGGCAGCUGGUCGAUGUGAAGAGAAACCCAGAGAAUCCUGAAUUUAUGGAACUCAUGUCUUCGCCCGAUGUCCAAAAAAUGGUCGACGACGGACUAGCUUUUGUCAUUAUAAAAUAUUGGUACGGCAAUCAAACGGAGGAUUACUAUCACUGGAUCGACUUGUUGGGGCUCACGGAACCGACCAAUCGAAACUGGGCCGGAGAGGACAAGAAUUAUGUGACCUAUCGAGAAUUUUUACUUUAUCUCGAGGAGUAUCAGAAAACAAAACUUACCGAGUUGAAGAAGCGAAGAAAUUAUCAGAAAUCAAUCAACUCCCCUCACAACGAAUACACGUUCACGAUGUCGAAAGGGCCGAACAACUUUGUCCAGAGUUCAGGGAAAAAUUGUUUAGGCGAUACUGGUGUUAUUCACGGGGCGACGAUCCACUCUAGACAUUCGAAACAGAUACCACCGAAUUAUUUACAAAUGGAGAUGCCGGAGGGCAUGAUGAUACCGCCGAAAUUCAUGAACGAAUAUAUAAACAACGUAGAGAAAAGCAAAGGGAACGAGGAAAGGAGCGUCGCCUUCGACACGAGAUUCACCGGUGGAGGUGAAUCACUCUCCCAGAAGCUGUACAGGUCGGCAAUGGAGAAAUACACGCAGGAACAGUGCCAGCGCGGCGUGAAUUCACCGAACGUCGAUAAAUUGGAUUACGAGAACAGGCGCGAGAAGAACACGGCGGAUGUUUGCCGGUGCCAGCAGCAGCGCGAGUCGAAUUUCAUAUUUUCCGUGAAGAAACAGCACCCGGCGAGACGUAAGUUCCCGAUGGAACUGGAAGAGCGUACAGACUCCGGGAAAUCCGAGGUGGAGGCCGCAACCACGAUACAGGCAGUUUAUAGGGGUUACAAGACUCGGAGGAAGAUCGAUGAAAUAAGAAAAUCAACGUCAGAGGAGAAGCGGAAUGUGAAGAAGGUAGCAGAACUUUUGUCUAUUCCAAUGGACGAAACGCUACGCAAUUCCUCGAUGGAGCCGAUCAGAAUUUCAAGCAGCCCGGUAAAUCAAAUGAGAAACGAGAAGGACGAGAUGGCCCAACUGCACUCGUUGAGCCCAAGAAAUAAAAACAGGGGACAGCCGAUCCUUCAAAAUCAAAGUAAACGUUGCGCCGAGGAUCAAAUGAAUCAUCAAUACGAAAUGCGCGGUGCUGGUUACACGAUCGAGGAACAACGAAAACAACAAAUUCCCCAAAAUUUAACGACUCAACGGGAAACGUUAAAGUCUAUCAAGAUGAUAAAGUCGCCUAUGUUUUUCUCGAAAUUCGACGAAAGAACCAGUUCCUUGUCGAACACGGAUACCGACGAUCUCUCCUCCCCGCGAAUCGAAAUAAAAUCCACGGCAACGAAUAUCCAGGAGAACGUUUCCGGCGAGAAAAACAACGAAAUGAAUUAUCCGGACGGUGAUAAUAUUCAACGGCUCAAACCGACCAUCAGAAAUGUUCAGAUUCGAGCUACGACGAGCUACAAACGACCUCUUCCACAAAAAAUCAGCGACAGCAUGAUAGCAACCAACGAUGCCGGUUACUUCUUCGACAAUUCUUUGUUCUUUCCUGACAGAGAAUCGGUCCUCGUGUUCGGUGGCGUCGAUCCCCACGAGGAAUAUGGCCGACCCGGGAACACCGGCAAGGACAUAUACAGGUUUAAACCUGACCAGAACAUUUGGGAAUUCGUGGGGGAAAUUCCACGAGCGAGGCAUCAUCAUUCGGUCGCUUACUUAAGAGGCCGCAUUUAUAUAGUAGGUGGAGCCGAUCCCUUGGAAGACAAACUUCAUAGGAAAAGCUUCGCGGUUGGAAGCGUUUGGAGUUACGAUCCAACUACCAGGACUUGGUUCAAUGAACCUGGCAUGCUGACAGCUAGGAAGGACUUCGGAUUGGUGGUCAGCCACGGGAAAAUGUACGCGAUAGGAGGGCAAGGAAGGAACGGGAUAGCUUUGAAAACGGUAGAGGUUUUCGAUCCAUCGGACUCCACGUGGAGGGAAGUGCAAUCGAUGCAGAUCGCCAGGGUGGGACCUGCCACUGUGAAAUAUCGGGAUCUUAUCUGGGUCGCUGGCGGGAUGACAAAAUCGAAGAAGGAGCUAUUCUCAAAGGAAGUGGAGUGCUAUGAUCCGAUCAAAAAUUUAUGGCUGAAAGCGAUACCUUUGAGGUCGCCGAGGUGCUUUGCCUCCUUCUACGUGAUAUCCGACUGUCUUUACGUGAUCGGCGGAGCAUCGACCACGGAAAACGCCACUCAGAGUAUCGACAGCAUCGAUGUGUGGGAUGGAAACGAUUACGUUUGGAGAGAGCACACGAAUAUGUCGAUCGCGAGACACGGACAUUCCACUGGCUCUAUAGGUGAUCAAUUGUUGAUAAUUGGCGGAGUGACCACAGUGUUUAUGAAAACUUUGAAUAGCGUUGAAUGUUAUUGUUGCGAUAUGGGGAAAUGGAUGAAAGGUGUAUCCGCGCUGCCGCAUCCGGUUUCCGGUCAUGGAACCGUGUCUUUACCACCGGCAAAUCUUUUAAUAAAUCGCUGAUAGCUGUGAAAAUAAAAAUUGACGUGUUUCUUUAUACGUUUCUUGUGUUUGAUAAUCAAUGUAUUUGAGUAUUUAUUAUAUCAUUACCAUUUGUAUUUCGUUAUUUCUAAUUAUAUAUCGUAUCACUUU